AUGAGCUCGAGAGGUAGAGGAGGAUCAAGAUUUGGUAGCCGUGGUGGAUUUGAUGGCGGUCGUAGAGGUGGACGUGGUGGUAGUAGCGCAAGAGGAGGUGGCUACGAAAGAUCAAGUGGACCUUCUGCAAGAAGUGGCUACUCAAGUUAUGAAUCUAGAGGACCACCAAGAUACACAUCAAGAUCAGAAAGACCAAGUGCUGCUAGUGAAGCUAGAUCAGAAAGAACAGAAAGAUCUGAAAAAUAUGAGUAUAACAGUAGGUCAAGAAGAGAGGACCGUGAUUUUUCAGAUCGUGACAGAGAUAGAGAAAGGGAUUCCAGGAUCACAAGUGAAAGAGAGAAAGAAAGAGAAAAAUACCGUGAAAGAAAAUUGGAGCAGAAUAAGGAUAGACUGAGGUAUUGA